AUGUAUACGCUGUUUCACGGACUUUACAAGUAUUUGACGCAGAAAGAUGAGUUUUGGGUUCUCAUACUUGGUCUGGACAACGCUGGUAAAACGACGUAUUUGGAAUGUUCAAAAACGAAAUUCAAGAAAAACUACAAGGGUAUCAACCCAAGUAAAAUCACAACGACUGUUGGCUUGAACAUUGGCAACAUCGACAUACACAGAGUGAGCUUGAACUUUUGGGAUUUGGGCGGUCAGACAGAACUACAGUCACUUUGGGACAAAUAUUAUGCUGAAUGUCAUGCCAUUAUAUAUAUUGUGGAUUCAUCUGAUCGAGAGCGCAUGGAUGAAUCAAAAAAAACAUUUGAAAAGAUGAUAUGCAACGAAAACUUGGGUGGCAUACCACUUUUAAUAUUAGCUAAUAAACAAGACAUUCCUGACUGUAUGGGCGUCCGAGAAGUAAAACCAAUUUUUAAUCAGAAUGCUCAUUUGAUUGGAAGAAGAGAUUUUAUGGUUAUGCCAAUAUCUGCGUUGACUGGCGAUGGGAUUGAUGAAGGAAUUCAAUGGCUAGUUCAAUCAAUUCAAAGAAAUAUAGAAGUGCGUCCUCCAAAGAAUGCUGAGGAUUAUUGA